AUGAGGGCCGAGCAGAAGGGUAGCCGGAGUCGUAAGAGUAAAGCAGAGAGGCAAAGCGAAGAGAAAAAGAGAGUAAAAAGAACGAUCGAUGCCAGAGAGAAGCCGGUGGCCAAAGCGCAACACUCCUCGGAUUCCGGUGUGUUUGGCCCGCGAGCGUAUUUUCGCACCGCGUUCCCGAGUCCUGCGGUCCUCGUGAUCGAGGACAUCAAGAGGCACGACGCGGCCACCUACAGAUGCAGGGUCGACUUCCGCAAGGGACAAACACGCAGCUUCCGCUACAACCUCACUGUCAUCGUGCCGCCGGAACAGCCGACCAUCUUGGAUCAGUGGGGCAGGAUAGUGAACGGAACAGCGGGUCCCUACGAGGAGGGUGAUACUCCUUCUCUAACGUGCCGUGUAACAGGCGGUAAACCGGAACCGAUGGUACGGUGGCUCGUCAAUGGUCAGGUCAAGGACGAGGAGUACGAGAAGAACGCCGGCGACGUCAUAGAAAAUAGGCUGACUCUGCAGUCGAUCACCCGAUCGGAGCUGGGGUCGAAUUUCACGUGUCAGGCGAGGAACACGGACCUGAUCGAGCCGAAGGAGGCCUCGAUUACCCUGGAUCUUAACCUGAAACCGUUGACGGCGACCAUAAGGAGGCCAGGGAAAAAAGGAGUGGGUAACGAAUCACUGCUGGCUGGGAAACGGUACGAGGUGGAAUGCGAGACCACCGGCUCGAGGCCACCGGCGGUGAUAACUUGGUACAAGGGACGAAGAAGACAGCUGAAACACACCACGGAGGAGAGAUCGGAGAACCGAACGGUGAGCAUGGUGGAGUUCGAGCCGGGAGUGGAGGAUCAUGGGAAAUCGAUCACCUGCAGGGCCGAAAAUCCGAACGUGACGGGACUGUUCGUGGAGAAAUCCUGGAAAAUCGACGUCGUCUAUCCUCCGAUCGUGUCGCUGAACCUUGGAUCGACGCUGAGUCCGGAGGACAUCAAGGAAGGCGACGACGUCUAUUUCGAAUGUCACAUCAGGGCCAAUCCACCCUGGUCGAAAUUGACAUGGAUACACGACAACCAGAUACUGGCGCACAACACGUCGGCCAGGAUAAUCUGGUCGAAUCAGAGCCUGGUGCUUCAGAGCGUGACUAGGAGCAGCGCCGGCAAGUAUGUGUGCGCCGCAACGAAUGACCUGAACGAAACACGGAGCGAGCCUCUUCAUUUUCGCGUCAAGUUCGCGCCGGUGUGCAAAGAGGACCGUAUCGUGGUGGUGGGAGCAUCGAGGGGCGAGUCGUUGAACAUUGCGUGCAAAGUGGAGGCCGAUCCGCCGGCGCACAAUUUCCGAUGGAAAUUCAACAACAGCGGAGAGACGUUGGAAGUAGCGCCGGGCAGAUUCUCGAUGGAGAAGUCGAGCGGCGUGAGCGUGCUCAGGUACACGCCGACCACAGAGCUGGAUUACGGCACUCUGUCGUGCUGGGCGGACAAUUUCGUCGGUACACAGGCGAGACCGUGUCUCUUCCAGCUGAUAGCCGCCGGAAAACCAUUUCCGGUUCGUAACUGCACCCUCGCGAACCAGACUUACACCAGCGUCGAGGUGAAAUGCGUGGCUGGCUACGAUGGCGGGCUUCCGCAAAAAUUCAUCCUCGAGGUGUACCACGGCGACGUGGAUUUCCUGUCGAGGAGCCAACCCCUCUACAACGUCUCGAACGCUGACGAGCCGAGUUUCUCACUCACCGGAUUGGAGGCGUCCGUCGAGGCUGGCGUUCAUGUCGCGGUCUACGCGAUGAACGCGAAAGGUCGUAGUCAACCAGUCAUUCUCAGCGAGGUCACCUAUCGCGACGCUGAGAAACGCACCGGGCAAGACGCCGGGAUCGUGCUGUCACCCCUCAUCGGUGUGGUGGUCGGCACGUUGGUUACACUGGUGCUGAUCAUUCUCGUGGUGGUGGUGCGCGUACGUCGCGAACGAGUGUCGAAGCCGCGACACGAGAAACCGGCGGAGCUGAGCGAGCUGCCACCGCAGCAGUAUCCGCUGCAGAAUCCUCAACAAGCCGUGGAGACCGAUCCGGACGUUAUCCCGAAUAAAUUCGAGGGAAACCUGGUGGAAGUGAGCCCGCCGAGUUAUCCAGGUGGAUAUCCCCCGGGACACUGGGUGACGCCCGGACCUACGCCAAGCAUAGACGAGCUCUGCCACAAAUUCACCGGAAGACCGACGGAGCUGAGGUUACCAUCGAGAAGCGCGAUACCGAGUUUACAGAGCAUGCCCAUGACGGGAGUGAUGAUGGGCGGCGGACAGAGCGUCGUGGUCAGCGGAAGUCAGGGCGGCGGUAUGGCGCUCGGUGGCAACAGCCAGGGUGUCGUCGUCGGUGCCGGGCAAGGCGUCGUCGUCGCUGGCGAGUGCUUGGACGGCGAGGCGAUCAAGAGACGACUGAUGGCCAACAGGCUUCCGGAGAGCUGCGUCUAAGACUUUAACCGACCCGCCGUGUUCGACCACCGUGUAAUCGUUCAACGACCUAAGAAAAUGAAAAGAAGUAACCAUCGUCGCGACGGCUGGACACUGACCACUAAAAUGCGACGUUGAUUUAUCGAUGUAACACGAAUUCUCGCGCUAGGAAACGAUUCAACAACGAGAUUCGUACGAAAGCUGCAUAAAAAGACAAUCCAGCGUGUCGUCGUUGCGAGCAACGAUAAGCCAAGAGAUGGAUAGAAAACGUGCGAAACGUGCGAAACGUGCGAAACGUGCGAAACCGGAGCCUCAGGACUCGUCCGGGGAAACUUUCCAAUCGCGGAACACCGUACUCGACCGUAUUCGAAAUUGUUUUGUAAAUGUUUCCUCGAUGGUCGGGCAAUAUUUGUUCCGUUUGUUGUUUCCUGUCUUUCUCUUUUCUCCUCUCUUCCAGGGAAGAAACGGAGGACACAGGGGCGAAAGAAAAUGGACAGAAUGGGAAGAGAAGUAGAAGAAUCGAUGCUGGGAAAGAGUUGGGUGAAAACUUGCCGCUCUCGAGUUCUCCACCUGGGCUAGAGAGAUGUUCCAGAAGUAGUCUCCUUUCGUCUUCGAACGUCGGCACAACUUUCCCCUAUCCCUGCUCCCGUCGCGCGACUCCGAGCCCAAUGAUCUUCGACGCUGUCUUCUCGCAUAUUUCUUACCGCGCUACGUGAUUCACCGCCUCCACGAGGACGCGUGCGACCGUCCGCGAGAAUUUUCCCCGGUACAAAUUGCGAACAAAUGACGGCAGUUUCGUGCAACGUGUCGAGGAAACGCGAGUCUCUAUCUGAAAACCGCCUCCAAACUUUGUUUCCCUCCGCCAAAAUAAGGCACGCGUUAACGUGUUCGAGACUAGACUUUGAAAAGAUUGUUCUCAAGAUAGUCGACGAUACUUUUCCCAAUGGCAAUCAAACUCGUGCUGAAGUACUUAAUAUCUGUGAUUGAUUGAUGUUUCUAUCUAUCUAUAUUUAUAUUGUUUGUAGUAUAUUCAUUUAUUUAUUUUUGGGUGAUGUUAAAAUCAAUUGUCAUCACGAAGGAGUCUAUUUUACAUUUGGCUUCAUAGAAUGAUCUUUUUCUGCUGCUAAUCGAAAAACUAACGUUGCAUCUUUGACUAUUGAGUAGAUAUAAACUAAAUGAUCUCGAAUGUGUUAACGCUCGAAUCGAGUGCGAGAUGUUGGAUCUACAACGAAAUUUUAACCUUUCUCCAAAUAUUUACAAAAGGAUACAUCAAUUCCAAUAAUCUUAAAAUAUAUUGUACAACUUGGAAAACAAAAAAGUAUGUUAUAAAUUCGGACUGGUCUAAGCAGAAUGAAUCAGAUGAUAAAAAAAAAAAUGGAAAUUACAAUUUACAUGGAAUUUUAUGCUGAUAAUUGAACUGCAAAUUUUUCUGUGUAAAUUUGUAUUUUUGAAAAAAUAA